UCCUCUAUCCUACCAUGAGGUAACGAUGAGAAAUAUCUACCGUGUUCUCGCCAGCCAGUACGACCCCUUAGGCUACAUUAUACCUUUCACAACCAGGGCUAAAACCUUAGUGCGACAACUGUGGGUGAAGGAAAGAGAAUGGGAUGACCCCCUUCUUCCAUCAGAUCUGCUAAAAGCCUGGCAAAAAUGGGAAGCAGAACUAGAACAUCUACCACUGAUCACCAUACCUCGGUGUUAUGUGUCAGCCAUGCUGGAUAUCCCAGAGGCAGAACGAGAACUUCACAUCUUCUGUGACGCCUCUGAGACAGCCUAUGGAUCAGUAGCAUACCUUCGUACUGAACACCAAGGCCUAGUGGAAUUGGCAUUUAUCCAUGCCAGAUCAAGAGUAUCUCCAAAAAGGCAACAAUCAAUGCCUAGGCUUGAACUUUGUGCUGCCCUCACUGGAGCGCAGUUAGCCAAGAUACUUCAUAAUGAGAUAUCAUUGGAAAUUAGGAACACAUUCUUGUGGAGUGACUCAACAACAGUACUCACUUGGCUAAAAUCAGAGUCCUGCAGAUUUAAAGUUUUUGUAGGAACCAGAGUAAGCGAGAUACAAGAACUCACAGAAGGUUACUGCUGGCGCUAUGUAGAUUCAGGAAACAACGUUGCAGAUGACAUCACACGUGGCAAAACCUUGCUUGAAUUAUCCCAACCCAAUCGAUGGUAUAAAGGGCCAGACUUCCUCUACCUACCACCCGCAACAUGGCCAGAAAGUCCUGCCAUUGGGCUGAAUGAGGACCCCACCGAGCUUCGUAACACAAAGUUUUGUGGCCUUACUUUGACUUGUACUGGAUUAUCACUGCCAGAUGCUACCCAGUUCUCGACCUUCGAAGAACUUCUGGAAGCUACUUGCAGAUCCAGUCAGGGGUUGGUGGGGGAAACGGGUGACCCAGGAGCACUGGAGUACCAGCAGUCUGAAUCAAGUCUUUUGAAGCAAGCCCAAUUAGACAGUUUCCCUACAGAAUAUCAGGCCCUAACAAAUGGCAAGCCAAUCCCUUUGUCCAGUAGUCUGCUCACUUUGUCACCAGAGUUGGAUAAAACGACUGCACUCAUCCGUGUAGGAGGAAGACUGCGGCAAACUACCAACCUGAGUUACAGUACUCUGCAUCCCAUAGUCUUGGACCCAAAACACCCGAUUACCCGCCUCCUUAUAAAGCAGUAUGAUACCAAACUCGGCCAUCCUGGUCCAGAAAGGGUCUUUGCAGAAAUGCGAAGACAUUACUGGAUACUCAGAGGGAGACAAGCAAUACGGCGCCAUCAGCAUUCCUGUGUCGAGUGUCAAAAGUGGAGAGCUAAACCUAAAAUUCCAAAAUGGCAGAGCUUCCCCCCGCCAGACUCCGCCUGAUGAAACCAGCUUUCUACUCCACAGGUGUAGAUUGCUUUGGCCCAUUCCUGGUAAAGCGAGGAAGGAGUAAUGAAAAGAGGUGGGGAAUAAUUUUUAAAUGUAUGACGACCCGCUGUGUCCACUUGGAUUUACUGAGUAACAUGGAUACAGACUCGUUUCUGAUGGCCCUUAGGCGUAUGGUUGCUCGACGUGGAACGCCUUCUGAAAUCCUGUCAGAUCAGGGCACCAACUUUCGAGGAGGUGAAAAGGAACUACAGACAGCUUUCAGUUCCAUGAGCCCAGACCUCCAAACCCAGUUAGCAAAACAGAAGAUUCAGUUUCAAUACAAUCCCCCAAAUGCCCCACAUUUCGGAGGUAUGUGGGAGCGUGAAAUCCGCUCUGUUAAAACUGCCAUGCGUACCAUCAUCGGGUCCCAAACUCUUACAGAGGAAGUCCUCAGAACACUCCUUAUAGAAGUUGAGGCUAUACUCAAUGCAAAGCCAUUGGGUUAUGUUUCUUCUGAUGUAGCGGAUCCAGAUCCAGUGACCCCAAAUUACCUGUUGAUGGGGCGGCCAGAUGCAUCACUACCACAAGUGAUUUACCCAGAAUCCGAAAUUCUCAGUCGAAAAAGAUGGCGGCAAUCACAAGUACUGGCAGAUCAAUUUUGGACAAGUUUUAUAAAGAAUUACUUGCCCACCCUGCAACCACGGCAGAAAUGGAUGAGAGAUUCCAGCAACCUCACACCUGGGACUGUUGUGAUGAUAAUUGACUACCAACUCCCCCGAGCUCUUUGGCCUGUCGGCAAAGUAGUAACCAUAUACCCUGGAUCAGAUGGCAAUGUCCGUUCUGCAGAAAUUGCAGUAAAAAACAAGCACUACCAUCGACCAGUGUCUCGUCUUAACACACUGCCCGCCAUUCCAGAUAAUGACCCUGCAACAGACUAAACAAGGAGGUUAGAAAUUACAUUUGCACAGCAAAUGUAGGGGCGGCUGUAGAAAAGUAAAGUCAACUGCACCAUCUGCUGGACACUCUUGGGUAUCCAGGUUAACAAGCAUCCAGGCCACCGUAGUUAUCAUGCACUGAUCACGCGACAGGGCAGCCAAUCAAAUCACUGUGUUAUCGGAUGACUGUUAAAAUAGAACCUUUAAGCUUCGUUUUGCAUGGUCAGAAAGAGAUGGUUUGUGUCGUUUUCUCCUGAUUCCUGUCAAAGUCGUGUGCGUUAAUGACCAAAAACCACAAAUACACACUCAUGCCUAUAUCCAUAUGACCAUGCACAAGUUUGUAUAGAGCAAUGCCAACAUACCAAUGUAACCGGCAAACUUGAUGGAUAUUAAAGUAACCAAACUGGAAUUCCUGUCUCCGUGUCCUUACCGACACUCCAUGGCGAUGACCAAGAAUUAUACCUAAGAA